AUGGAUAGACGUAUUUUGCCAACCACACCGUUAACAAGUCCGUACGAGGCGUAUACAUCAGUUGAAUAUAGAAGAAGUCCAUUAUCUAAUAUUACAAAUGUUUCUCAUAAUCAUCUUGAUCAUCAAGAAUGUGUUGAACGAAAAAAAGUUAGGAAAGUAUAUUCGGAUAAAAAAUGUCGUGAUGCCAAUAAUAAAUCUUCCACUUCAGAGAACAUUAUUCGGUCAACCAACGUUUCAGUAUCCAAUACUAAUGAAUUUCGUGUCGUAACACCAAUCCGUUCAUCUUCCACUUCACAGAACGUCAUUCGGUCAACCAACGUUGCAGUUGAAUCUGGAGGAAUUCCUUUGUCUGACAUUACAAAUGUUGCUCCUAAUGAUGCUGAUCGUCAACAAUCAGCUGAACGAAGAAAAUUUAGGAAGUCACAUUUAGAUAAUAAAAGAAGUCAUGUGAAUAACAAAUCUUCCACUUCAAAAAAUGUUACUCGGCCAUCCAACGUUUCAACCUCCACUACAAUUGGAUGCCCGAUCACGAUACCUAGAGGUAAAGAAAGGUUGUCUAAUAAAGUUCGCUGCGUAUAUCCUAUUCCAACGGUUGACUUAUCUUCCGACGAUCCUAUUAUUCCUCAACAAUUACCUGAAGAUCCAUAUAAAGGAGUUUCUAAUAAUUAUUUGGAUCAUGGAGAUCAAGUAGUUGUAUGUGGCGUAUGUAACGCUAAGCUGUGGAAAUUUAAAGCAGGAAAAGGAAGGGUUUACUUAGGAAGAACAAGUUACACGCUUUGUUGUGGUUAUGGAAAAGUACAUCUUCCAUAUUUUAAAGAGACGUGUGAGGAAUAUCAAAAUCUUUCCAAGAGUUUAGACAACAAGAGCAAGCAUUUCUUACUGAAUAUUCGUCGUUUUAAUUCUAUGUUUGCUUUCACUUCAAUGGGUGGUAAAGUUGAUUCGAAAAUAAAUAGAGGAAAUGCUCCAUAUGUAUAUCGAAUUAGUGGCGAGAAUUAUCAUUCAUUGGGAAGUCUUCUUCCUAAAGAAGGUGCUGAACCAAAAUUUACGCAGCUUUACAUUUACGACACAGAUAAUGAAGUGUGUAAUCGGAAAACCGUACUUAGUAACUCAAAGAAAGCAGCUUCCGCAACUUCUGAUUUGCUUGACACUGAACUCAUACAGUAUCUUAAGGUGGUUUUAGAUUCAAAUAAUCAGCUGGUGAAAACUUAUGGGCGUGUACGAGAUCGGUUGGUUGAUAAUCCUCAUGUUGACCUAAAACUACGGCUUAAGGCAAAUAGGUCUAAAGAUGGUCGUGUCACAACAUACAACCUACCGACGUCGUCCGAAGUUGUUGCCCUUAUAGUUGGAGAUAUUGAGGAAGCUCUUGAUAAUUGUGAUGCAGUUGUUGAGUCAAAGAAAGAUGGUCUACAGCGUAUUAGUGAGCUUCAUCCAUCGUAUCUCACUCUUCAGUAUCCACUACUUUUCCCUUUUGGUGAAGAUGGUUACCGAAUUGAUAUUCUUCAUAGAGAAGGAAGGGCAUCAACGAAGAAGAAAGAGUCAAAAUGUACGAUGAGAGAGUAUUUUGCUUACCGUGUUCAAGAUAGAGUCAAUCAUAUCUCUUUGAUUCUCAAUGCUCGAAGACUUUUGCAACAAUUCUUGGUUGACGUUUAUACCAUGAUUGAAAAUGAACGAUUAAUAUUCAUACGUCUACAGCAAAGGAACAUCAGAUCUGGGACAUAUGAGAACCUUAAGAAGCUUGGACAAGAUGGUGAUCCAGAUAUGUCAAAUGUUGGAACACGCGUACUACUACCAUCUUCGUGUACCGGAGGAUCGCGUUAUAUGAGGGAGAAUUAUUAUGACGCGAUGGCCAUUUGUAAAUGGUUUGGUUACCCCGAUUUCUUCAUUACGAUAAGUUGUAAUCCGAAAUGGACGGAGAUUAAACGAUUUCUGAAGGACAAGAACAUUAAUCCGGAGGAUAGACCGCAGAUUCUAUGUCGAUUGUUCAAAAUUAAGCUUAACGCAAUAAUAAAAGACUUGCGAGAGAAAUCUUUAUUCGGCAACGCAUCAGCAGAUUCUGGAUUUUUUGUUGAGAAAUCUGGUAUUCAGCUUGAUAACAAAAGCGUGGUUCCAUAUAGCAAAACCGUUUUGAGACGUUAUCAGGCACACAUUAACGUCGAAUGGUGUAACCAGGCUGCGUUCAUAAAGUAUUUGUUUAAAUACAUUAAUAAAGGACCAGAUAGGGCAGAAUUUGGUUUUGUACAAAAUGCCGAUGAAGGUCAGCUUGAAGAUAGUAAAGAUGAAAUUAAAGAGUAUUACGAUUGCAGAUAUCUAUCGGCUUGCGAAGCUACAUGGCGCAUCUUUGCAUUUGAUGUUCAUUACCGGUAUCCAUCCGUAAUGAGGCUUCCGUUUCAUCUACCAGAUAAACAAAACGUCGUAUACGGCCCUGAUGACGAUCUUGAUAGUGUUCUUCAUAAAUCAUCUGUUGCUUCUACGAUGUUUUUGGGGUGGAUGGAAAAGAACAAAAAAGAUCCGUUGGCGCGCAGUCUUACUUACGUUGAGUUCCCUACUAAAUUUGGUUAG